UCAUAUCUGACGUGAUUCUGUAACUAACUGCUUUUUGUGACUUGUGUUGAUGUUUCCGUUUGGGCGUCUCGAAAACAAAGCAAAACCAUACUAAUUUCGUAUAUAUUUAAAAAAAUAACAUAACAGGAAUUGAAUGCUGCUCGCUUCCAAAUGAAUAUGCAUUAACACAGACUUUCUACAUUUUAUUAGACAACAGGGAUUAAACUAUUUGACAAAGCCAGUUAUAAUGGCGGAAACAAUGGACCCUUUAGCGCCAAGUGUAAAUGAAUCAAGCUUCACACCAAGUCUAAUGAAUAAGUUAAGAAUGAGAUUUGGUAGUGGGUCAGCUACACCAAGAUCAAUGGCAGAGGGAUAUGUGGAGUUUGGCGAGUUUCGUGCUCAAGCCCCUGGUGUCAAAAAAGUGGGUACUUUCGCUGGUGUCUUCUGUCCAGUGGUGCUUUCUAUGUUCAGUGCACUUAUAUUUAUUAGAAUGGGUUACCUAGUAGGCAAUGCUGGUACUCUAGUUACAUUAGCUCAGUUUGCUCUCGCCUAUGGCAUAGUAGGGUUUACUGUAAUGUCUAUUUGUGCCAUAUCUACCAAUGGUGCUGUGGAAGGUGGAGGAGUUUAUUUUAUGAUAAGUAGGACCCUAGGACCAGAAUUUGGUGGUGCUAUAGGAACAUUAUUCUUCUUUGCUAAUGUAGUGUCGAGUGCGCUUUGUAUUUCGGCGUGUACUGAAGCGUUGGUGGAAAACUUUGGACCGAAUGGCUACCUUGUAGGAGACAGUCCAGGUCUACCAAACGGAGAUUGGUACCGUUUUCUCUACCGUUCUGUAUUGAACGCAAUUGGCCUAAGUGUGUCCUUGGCUGGUGCUUCGCUUUUUGCUAGAACCAGUUUAGCCAUUUGGGUCACCAUGGUUGUGUGCUUGGCCAGUGCCUUUUUGAGUUUCUUCAUUACUACGCCUGGAAUGAUAGAAAAACCAGAAACAAACACUCUUAUUAACGCAACUAGCUUCAAAUACACAGGAUUCAGUGUGAACACAUUUUAUGAAAACCUAUAUCCCAAGUAUGGAAGGGAUUAUAGUACAAGUGAUGGCGAGCUAGUGGAUUUUGCGUCUGUAUUCGGCGUUUUGUUCACUGGAGUCACUGGUGUAAUGGCGGGGGCCAAUAUGAGUGGUGAACUUAAAUCUCCAUCGCGGAGUAUUCCUCUGGGUACCCUUACUGCGUUAUUUUUCACCGCGUUGUCGUACAUCGCGUUGACAUUUUUAACUGCAGCGACUUGUUCGAGGGAGCUGCUUCAGAAUAACUACGUAUAUUUGCUACCUAUUAAUGUAUGGUCGCCUUUUAUUGCCGUUGGAAUGCUUACGGCGACUUUCUCUGCUGGACUCUCGAAUCUAAUCGGUGCUUCCAGGGUGCUGGAAGCUUUAGCUAAAGAUAAUAUUUUUGGAUUUAUCCUCCGUCCAAUGGUGCCUCGAUCUGGCAAUCCCGUCUUGGCUGUGAUAAUGUCUUGGUUCCUUGUUCAAAUUGGUAUUAUUACGGGAUCACUCAAUACUAUUGCUCAGGUGAAUUCAGUACUCUUCAUGACAAGUUACUUCGCUAUUAACCUUGCCUGUCUUGGCCUAGAUCUCGCCUCUGCGCCUAACUUCAGGCCAACUUUCAAGCAUUUCUCGUGGCUGACCUCCCUGAUCGGGUUGGUAGGUUGUGCCGCGCUAAUAUUCGGUCUACGUCCCGCGUACGCGAGCGCCGUAGCCUUUGCGUGCUGUUCGUUGGUCGUCGCGUUGCAUUUGCUGUCGCCCGCUGCGUCUGAACCGAAGUGGGGCAGUCUCAGUCAGGCUCUAAUCUUUCAUCAGGUCCGUAAAUACCUACUCCUCUUAGAUCCUCGCAGAGAACACGUGAAGUUCUGGCGACCUCAGAUGCUGUUACUCAUCUCUUCCCCGCGUCAGGCAGCACCGCUCAUCGACUUCGUUAAUGACCAGAAAAAGGGGGGUCUGUUCGUAGUGGGUCACGUGAGGGUGGGUGAAUUGGACGGCAGCGGAGACCCACUUGCCUCAGAGCAUAAGUACUGGCUCAAGCUUAUCGAUCAUCUUAAGGUGAAAGCCUUUGUAGAGCUUUCCUUAGCAGAGUCCAUCCGUAGUGGUGCAGCGCAGUUGACACGUCUCGCAGGUUUAGGAGCUAUGAAGCCUGAUACCGUACUCCUAGGCUUCAGAGAUACGGCUACACCCAAGGAUUUCUUUAGAGAUCCAACAUCACCAUACAAAACGGAGCAAUUCGAUCUAGACUCCGGUGAAAUAAUAUUCCCGGCUCGGACAUCCGUAUCGACCCGGAUAUCCGCGUCCGAGUACGUCCGGAUAAUAACAGACGUGCUGAGCGUCAAGAAGAAUAUAUGUCUUUGUAGGAACUUCCAUACGCUUGACAUGGCUGCUGUCGAGAGACGCUCAGCGAGCCUAAAAUACAUAGAUGUGUGGCUGGUAGAGCUUCUGACCCCAUCCCGCGAAGAAGCUUUCAGCGUGAGAGCCUUAUUCGCGUUACAGUUAGCGGCCGUUGUGCGAUCGUCCCGCGGCUGGCAACAUUUGAGACUUCGGGUCCACGUUGUUGACGCUACACCGCUUUAUGCUGACCUAUACCUUGUAGAGUUGGAGAGUAUGGACAGCGCAGUAGAGCGGAGUAACCCCUCUUUAUCUCCUGCCAGGCCGGUCCAUGAACGUUUGGAAGAAUUACUAAAAUUAUUAAGAAUCAGUGCUACUACACACACGGUGUCAGAAUGGCCAGCGUUGGAUGACUUUGGACAAUGGUCAGAGACCAGUUAUGACAAUGGGACUACGUUUAGUAGAGUACCGCAUAGUUAUUUGCAAAAGGUAAAUCACAUAAUCAAGAGUCGCUGUGAAGACGGGACAGCGGUCACAUUUGUCCAAUUACCUCAUCCACCGAAGUUGCCCCCGCACGCAACUGACGCAGAUGAACCCGUUUGCGAACAAUAUCUUCAGGUUUUAGAUGACUUCACGAAGGAUCUGUCACCAACGAUAUUAGUGCGAGGGCUGAAGUCGGUAACCUCCACAGCUCUUUAAUAUUUUUGGGUCUGUAUUUUUUUGUCACAGUAACAGUUUUUGAAAAUGUUAAUUUUUUUUAUGUAUUUAUAUAACUUUACAUUUAUUUUUGGGAGCGUUCAAGUAUUAGGUCACGCAAUUUUUGGAGAUUCUAGACCCCCCCCCAACCCCAUGAAACGCGCAAUAACUUUUCUGUAUCCAAUAGUCAAACGUUUCGUGACCAACUCCAGUGACUCUUUAUACCUAAAACUUACCAGUAUGUGUUCUAUAGUACUGGAAAGUCGAAAAUAAUAUUAACAAUAACGCGUAAUUCAAUCACCGUUUUAAAAGAUGACAAACCCCCCCCCCCCCAAAUUCGUUACGUAAUACUUGAACGCUCCCUUUUCAAUUAUUUCAUCUUGAAACUUAAAUUACAUUAAACCACUCUUAUUCCACUGUUUUAACUGAUUUACGACAGAUCAGUCCCUUUAGUUUGCUGAUUUUUUUUAUGAAUAAGAUUUUAGACGUUAUUUUUUUAAUCGAAUUGUAAAUGUAGACUGAAAAUUAGUUUAUAAGAGAAACGUUUUGUGAACCGGAAAAAAAUUGAUUUUAAGAGAAUAUUUAAUCAUAUCUCCUAUAAAGGCGAAUUAGUGAUUAAAUAACACCGUCACAAUAUUGACACAGAGCACAUUUUAGAUUCGAUUCCGAAGAAACAAAUAUAUCAACUUAAAAUAAGUUUUUAAAUAUCCCUUGUUAUAGAAGUUUUGUCUUUUAUAUUUGUAUAAGACUCAUAAAUAGUUAUUUAAUUAAAGUAUUAUUAUUUAUUUCAAAUGUUACCUUAACAUAAUAUUGAGAUGAAUAUUAUCUAGUUUAAUUUUUGAAGUUCAACUUCAUUCGCAAUGGAUUGACGAUGAUUGGGAAAUUUUAACACAGAAGAUUCAGUUACAGCAUUUAUAUUGUUAUUAUAACUGAAUUUCACAGAUUAGUCUAAAAUAAAAUUUCUUGCUUUAAAUAUAUUUUUAUUAUAUUCUAAAAUGACAUUGAAGAUUCAAAAAAGUUCAUCGUAUUUUUUAUUAUAUUAAUUGUAUAAUGUAAGGUGAAGAACUCUGUCUCUUUCCAUCACAGAGUAAACACAAUUUGACAGAUAGAGACGAAAGAGUGGUAUAGUGCAAUAAGACGCAUUUAGUUUUUAUGAUUAAUAAAAAUGAAGUCUUUCGUAUUUUGUGAUUCACCCAAAGAUAUAUUAUAUGUCAAUUAAUACCAAUUAAACAAUUUGUAUCUUAUGUUAUUCGUAUAGGACGACAGUUGUUAUCCUGGCCUACCAGGAAAACAUUUAAAAUUAUCUCUAGUAGUUUUUUUUACAGAAACUUGGUUUUGCAAGGGUACCAAUUGUCUCGCGAGUGCGUUACCUUAUAGGAAUUGGCAUCUAAGUCCAAUUAGUUCGGAAAUUAAUGGGUAGCCCACAUAGUCGUGGGCGUCGAUAAGGAUUUUUCCGUCUCAUUUUUGGAGAUGCGUUGCCGGCCUUUUAUAAUUUUAAUUGUUAGUCGCAUCGAAUGAUAAAUAGUUGUAUUGAAAGUCCUAGCCAUAACACUUUUAUGUGAAAUAAGAUUAUGCUGUAUUUUUUGCCCUCGUUUGUGUUAGUGAUACCAUCCAUGGAGACUUAUACCACCAAAAGACUUGCAAGUCAGUUGUCGUCCUUUUAAGAAUCUGUACGAACUUAUUGUUUAUUCUUCACUAUGAUUUGGCAGAUAAUCUUUAUAUCUCCAGUUUCAAUACAGAUUAGCCGUGGAUUUUAGAAGUAUCUUCCUUUGAAUUUUAUUAUGGAUAUUAAUAAAAUCUGCAAAUCAAAUAAUUAUUUCUAUUUCAACUGUAUUCCUCUACCUUGGGCCCCUAUUAUAGAAAGUCUCUUAAUAAAAUCUACAAACCUAAUGAUUUCUAUUUAAACUUUGUAAUUUUGACAGUGUUCAAGCGAUUGUGACUUGAAAUACGGCCAUUAGUUAUUUGCCAAACAUCGAGACCUCCUAACGUAAUAGCUUCGAAUAGAUUCUGAAAAUUUUAUCCUUAUGCAAAUAAAUAAAUAUGACAAAACAUUUUAAUAUACUACAUUUACUAUAUACACUAUAUAUCAUAGUAAUGACAUACUGAUUUGUAAUAGCCUAUUUUUAACGAAUUAUUUGAUUAUCACAGUCGGUUUCAAUUUGUAUAAUUUUUUUUAUAACGAAGUGUUUCAGUGAAAAUACUUAUCUUUAAUCUUUGACUACAGAAUAAAGAAAACGUAGAAUUUGUAAAACGGCACUAAAUGUGUAGAGAUUUAUGGACGGGAUCAAUAAUUGUAAGUUUUUGUAUUAAUCUAUGUGAUAAUAAAUAAUAUUUUCGGA